AAUUUAGAAACACAUAUAUAGCCAGUUCGUCAUCUUUUCACCAACUGAUUUGCUUUAAAUUUACCAAGUAAAGUUACAUUUGUUAGCGGAUCUUUCCACAUAAAAUACAGAUACCAGAUACAAAAUAGAGGAUGUCAAACCUGGGACAAUUUGACACUGACUUUUACCAAUCUAAUUAUACCAUUGAUAAUCAGGAGCAGAGUUAUGAUUCCAAUGCCUAUGGAAAUCUUUAUGGAUCAGGAGAACAGCAAGCCAGCAAGCAGCCUCAGCCUGCCCCUCUUGUUUCUCCAGAGAUGCUCGUGCCGUCGGGUUAUGCAGGACAAUUUUUUCAGCCAGCAUCUAACUCGGAUUAUUAUUCGCAAUCUCCUUACAUUGACAGUUUUGAUGAAGAGCCUCCUUUGCUAGAAGAACUUGGAAUCAAUUUUGAUCAUAUAUGGCAAAAAACCUUGACGGUGUUAAACCCAAUGAAGCCAGCAGAUGGCAGCAUUAUGAAUGAAACAGAUCUCACAGGACCCAUCCUUUUCUGUGUAGCCCUGGGAGCCACUCUACUUCUGGCAGGAAAAAUUCAGUUUGGUUACGUGUAUGGCAUGAGUGCCAUUGGCUGCCUUGGGAUUCAUGCCUUACUGAACUUGAUGAGCUCUGCAGGGGUGUCAUAUGGCUGUGUGGCCAGUGUGCUGGGUUACUGCCUGCUCCCCAUGGUCAUCCUGUCCAGCUGUGCCAUCUUCUUUUCAUUACAGGGCACCUUUGGAACCAUGUCAGCCCUGGUCAUCGUCGGCUGGUGUAGUCUCUCAGCCUCUAAGAUCUUCAUUUCGGCCUUGGACAUGGAAGGACAGCAGCUUCUCGUUGCCUAUCCUUGUGCCUUACUUUAUGGACUUUUUGCCCUCCUCACAGUCUUCUGAAAAGUGUAUGAGAUGCCUUUGCAAACCUCUAUUUAUUUGCUGUUCAUAUUAUUCUAGAAGUGUAUUAGCAUUCCAAUUGGGUCAUAUGAUUUCUGUUUUAUUAUUGUUGAGAGAAUAAUAAGCAGAGAGGCAAAACAGCACUUAAGGAUGGUGCUCUAAUGGCCUGCGUGGUUUGAAUUAUGUUUUGCUUUCCAACUUGGUGCAUUAAAACACUUUGAAAUAUUUUAAAAUAAAAAGGGAUGUAGUUGCUGAACGGA